UGGCAUCUGAACUUUAUGAUUAUUGGACAAUUUUUGCAUGUGUUUCACAAUAGGUCAGCUGUAGCUGUGAACUCACCAGUAUCCCAUGCUUUGGUGGAGAAACGUCUUGUGCAAAAGACAAGAGAACUACAAAAUCUCCAGGAGAAAUACCAUCAGCUGGAGACCAAAGAGGCAUCUCUGAGGAACACACUCCAGAAACUGCAGACACGACUGGUAGAGAAAGACAGUUUGUCCAGUCAAAUGGAGAUGGAGAGAGAUAACAUAGAAAAACAGAUGGUGGACUAUGUUACAGAAAUAACGAAUCUAAAGCGCUGCUUGGAGCUGGAAAGAAAUCACCUUCUUCAUACGGAUAUGAAAGCCAUCAAUUUGUUGGAAGAAGUGCGGCAGCAAGGGAAGCUAGCUCAAGAUCUGCAAGACCAGGAGUUUAAGGCUGAGAUUAAUGCCCACAGACAGACCAUCUCCCAGCUGGAGCAGGACAGAUUUGUGGCAGCGAGGAGGGCGGAGGCGCUGGAGAAGGAGCUGAGGCAAGAACAAAACUCACUGGAGGCUUCCAAACAGAAGGUGGCGGACCUUCAAACAAAGGUUUCCAAGCUUACAGCAGACAGCAUAGCCAAAACAAGUGAGCUUCAGGAAAAGUUGGCAGAAGGCUUUCGCGAGAAGGAGGCUCAUAGGGAAAACAAGGAGCAUGAACUUCAGGCCAGAAUCGAAUUUCUGGAAAACAAACUUAAAAUGACUGAAGCCAAACAUAGUGCAGGAAAAGAGGAGACCAUCAGACUACGAGAGGAGCUGAGGGCUCAGACGCUGACCACUGUAGAGAAAACAAAGCUGGUAAGUACGUUAGAGUCCAAAGUGCAGGCAUUGGAGGGUCACGUGACAAAACAGAAGCAAGUUGAGGAGAGAAGACAGGACACAUGGUCCAAACAGCAGGAUGUAAUGGAGGAGAUCCAACAUCAGAACCAGCAGCUAGCAGUACAGAAGCACCACCUAGCAGAGCAGCUCACAAACUGCAGGGAAGCAGAGGAAAAACUGGCACUGGAGCUGAAGAACAAAACAACCCUACUAUAUGAGAAGACAGAGUUGAUUUGUCAGAUGGAGUCUGAGCUGAAAGUGUUGAACAGUCAGAUAACAGAACAAAGGAAGACAGAGGACAACAGACAAGCCCAGGAGCAGCGUGUAAGUGACUUAACCCAGGAGAAGCUGUACCUGGAGUCUCAAAAGGAUCUUCUGGAGGAGAAGGUCAGCACAGUCAAGAAAGUCGAGACAAGACUGAGGAAGGAACUGGGAGAAAGGGACUCAACCAUCUCACAACAACGAGAUCUCGUAGGUCAGUUGCAGUUCAAGGUGAAAGUUUUGGAAAGUCAACUGAAAGACCAACAGAUCACAGUGAAGAGCAAGAGUCAAGAAGCCCAGUCAAGACAAGAGGAGCUGCUUGUUGAGAAGGAAGAGAACUUGUACCUGACAGCAGCUAAAGUUGGUCAGGAAGAGCAGCUGAAGGAGUGGAAGGAGGUGGAGGCAACACUGAGGGAGGAACUGAAUGACAAAGACUCUGUUAUUUCCACACACCUGGAGUCUAUCGGCCACUUACACUCCAAGAUGAAGGUGUUGGAAGGAGAGGUGCAGGAUUUGAGGAAGACAGAGGAGGACAGAAAUAAGGAGUUGAGGUUCAGACAUGCCAAGGAAGAGUUGUUUGCAGACAUGAAACAGCAGAAGUUGUACCUGGAAACACAGAAGGGUCAGCUGGAACAGCAGCUACUGUCCUACAAAAGCACCCAGGAAAAACUGCAGGAAGAAAUCAAGAGCCUUGAGGAAAGGCUGACAGAGUCCACAGACCAGUAUGAGAAGCAGUUGGAUGCAGUCAGGAGAGAAUUGUCUCAAGCUAAAGCAGCGGUUAACAAAGACAUGGUCAAGAGUCAAACAGAAGAACAUCUACGAACAAAGCUUCAUGUCAUGGAGAAGGAGCUUGCCUUGGAGAAGAAGACAAAAGAAGAACAACUGGCAAAGUUACAAUCUGAGAAAGACGAUGUUGAGGACCGCUUUAACCAGCUGAGAGACAGUUGUGAGGUUGUGACAGAGUUGGAGGACCAGCUGAAGCAGAUGGCUGAACAGUGUGCGUUUCUAGAAUGUAAACACACCCAACUGGAGGAGCGGGUCCGAGACAUGACAGAGGACAGAGACACGGCACAGGCCGAGCUGGAGCAGCUCAACAACAGCCUUACUGAGUACAAACAGCUGUGUGCCAGUCAAAAAGUGAAUAUCGAUGUCUUGAAGACCACUUGCACCACCCUAGAAGAACAGAUAGAAGCCCUGGAGUCUCUUAAUGAGGAGUUGGAGGAAAGGGAGCGCAGCUGGCAGCAACUGAAGGCCAGCCUGCAGAGAAAAACACUUUCAGUAGAGACUAAACUACAGGACAUGGAGGGGGAGAUCCACACUGAAAAAGUUUCAAGAAGUGGUGCAGAGGAGAAGCUGGAGCGGCUGACUGAAGCUAUGGAAACUGCCAUCACCUGUCAUCAGCAGCAGCUGCAGCGUCUGCAAAAAACCUGCAGGACAGCGAUGAGCGAGGGGAGAAAGUUUUUGGAGGAUCUGAAUGAGUCUGAGAAGUUAGCGAUGAUCAAGCUGACCAAUGAUGGGCUACAGAGGAAGCUUGCUCAAGAGAAGAGCACCAAUGACAGAAUUACAGAAGAGAAUGUGAAGCUACAGGACCAGGUGACAUCACUAAAGGCCAUAAACUUCCAGCUGACCCAGGGACUGGAGACUGCCGAGGAGAGAGGAGAACAUCUACAGACAGAGAAGGCCGAUCUGGAAAAUCAGAUGGAAGCCAUACUAAUGACCCACUCCCAUGAAUCAGUCAAGACUAUGUCCACCAUAGCACAGCAGACAAAGCUGAUUGACUUUCUACAGGCAAAGACAGAUGGUACAGGCAAGAAGAAAAAGGUCCUGGGCCUGUUUCACAAGGGAAAGGAUACAGCAGCCCCGCCCGCAGCCAUGCCGCUGCAGUACAAGGAACUGCAGCAAAGACUGCAGCAGGAGAAACAGCACAGCUGUGACCUGCAGCAGCAGAUCAGCCAGCUGAAGGCACAACUCUACAGUACCAUCUCUACUCAUGGUGGGUACACUAUAUCUUUCCUCAUGCCAAGUAGACCGUCCAUGUCAGAGGCCCAGUCCAGCACAGUUCUGUCUGCUAUUGUCAUGUCUCCUAGUCAGCAGCCCAGCUCCCUGAAGGACACUCACAACACACAGACAGGUCCCGAGUCUCCACAGUGUUCUGCUAGGAGACCUAAGGAGCGCAUGCACCACAACAUUCCACAUAGAUUCCACACUGGUAUCAGCAUGAGGGGGGCCAAGUGUGCAGUUUGUCUGGACACCAUCCACUUUGGUAGACAAGCCACAAAAUGCCAUGAAUGCAAAGCUGUGUGCCAUGCCAAGUGUGCAGGUUGCCUUCCCAGCACCUGUGGUCUCCCAUCACAGUUUGUGGAGCAUUUUCGUAUGUCAGUCAGGAAGAAGAAGCAGAUGUCUACCAUGAACCUGUCAGCUGAUGACACCAGCUUGCAAAUGGAAGGAUGGUUGAAAGUACCAAGGAACAACAAGAUGGGCUGGGACAAGAGAUGGUGCACCCUGCAAGGCUGCAAGCUCCUUAUUUAUGACAUGGACAACAAGGUUGACCGUACCCUGUGUGAUGAGUUUGACCUGUGCCCUGAGGACCGUACCAUUUCCAUCCACAGUGCUGUGACAGCAGCUGAACUCAUCAACACUGCCAAGACAGAUCUACCUUACAUCAUCAAGCUGGAGUCCCACCCCUGCACCACCUGCUGGCCAGGUCGCACUCUGCACCUCAUGGCCCUCAGCUUCCCCGACAAGCAGCACUGGGCAGCUGCACUGGAGGCUGCUGUGUCAGCAGACAACAUAGAGCAAGAUGGAGAGGGAAAGAAACUGCGAGGAAACAUCCUGAUGAAGCUGACUGGGGACAGCAGAGUAGACAUCAACAGUAGCCUGCUGCUGAAUGACAGGACAUUGCUGUUAGGCUGUGAAGAGGGCCUGUUUGCCACAACUCUUCCUGUCCCUAAGAAGAACAGCUUGACUCAGAUUGGAGGAGUGGGGAGUGUUUUCCAGAUGCUGCUGCUACAGGAGAUAGACUUGAUGCUGAUGAUAGCAGGGACUGAUCGGUUCCUGUACCAUGUGGACUUGAAACACCUUCGGACUAAGGUGGCCCAGGCGAGUGUGUCUGUACCCACCAUACAGACUAAGGCUGUGGAAGGACUGGAAGGUUGCCACCUGUUUUCAGUUGGGAAGGUUGAUGACUGCAUAUACCUUUGUGCUGCUACCCUGCACACUCUUCAUGUAUUGAAGUACAACAGUAAAACCUACAACUUCUGUAAGAAGCAGGACAUCCAGACUUCAGAGACAUGCAGUUGUGUACAGUUUACCUCUCUUGGUCUCAUUUUUGGAUCAGACAAAUUCUUCCAUGUCAAUCCCAUGACUGGGCAGAUUACAGAGUUCCUGGACAAGACAGACACGUCACUAGCCUUUGCCAUAUUUGGUGCUAGUCAGUGUGACAGCUUCCCUGUGGCUGUCCUGAAGGUGUCACCAGAUGACUGUGCUGAGGAGGAGUACCUUCUGUGUUUCCAUGAGUUUGGAGUCUUUGUGGAUCAGUCUGGCCGACGUUCCAACGCAGAGGACUUGAAAUGGACAAGACUGCCUCUGUCAUUUGCUUACAGGGAGCCCUACUUGUUUGUUACCCAUUUCAACUCACUGGAGGUGAUUGAGAUUAAGCAGACAGGAGUGUUUGAAAGUGCUGGUUGUCGGACCUUUAUGGAGCUGGCCAACCCCAGGUACAUCGGCAGUGCCCUGUCAGCUGGAGCGAUCUACCUGGCCUGCAGCACUGACAGUAGAACAGAAGUACUGGUGCUGCAGGGCAGACAGGACAACACUCGGCCUGCACACACCAGGGGAUCAAAGAAAAGACGCCAUGAUGAGAACACACCUGACGAUGUCUCCAGCAAACUUGCCCGAACAGCAUCCUGGAGUCCCAGUGGUGAUAUCUCUGUGUCCGGCCCACUGCGCCGUUCUGCACGGUACAGCAACACGUCAUCAGAGCUGACCGGCAGCCUGUCCUCCGGCAGCAGUAUGUCGUCUGUUUCUGCCAUCCUGCAGUCUCCCUGUAACCCCUUCACCCGCAGCACCCGCAGGAGGAGUCAUGCAGCUGCCAAACAAGACACCUGAUGAACUACAGAAUCAUUCUUACUGUCUGACUAGUCCAAUAUCUAUAAGGGUGAAUCAGGUUUUAGUAUUAUGUUAACUAUAUUAAACUUCCCUGUAUGCAUGAGUUUACAGAAAUAUUUAAGAGUUGACAGUCUUAGAGUUGUAAGUGAAAUAAAAUUGUGUGUAUUUUUCAAAUAUUAAAAUUUUCAAUGUAGUACUUUUUCUGGAUUCAAGGCCUAUUGUAGGCCCCUAUCAACAUGUAAAUCACUAGUACUUAAUGUUUUCGUAAUUUCUUAACAGAAUACGUUGAAUCUAAAUCACGUAUCACGUUGCCUUAGCGCUACAAAUGCAGCAGCUUUGUGCCAUAAAAAUGAGUAAAAAUUUGUUUACAAUUGCUUUAUUUACUACCCCACUGGUGGAGAGCAGAAUAGAGCCUUUGUAUUUUAAUUUAACGUGGCAAUGUGUUUUUCAUUUUGCAACUUUAAGUUGAUAAAGAAAAUUAGUGUCCUUUUCUUUUCUUAUACGACCCCUUGCAAAAGUGGUGUUCAGUGCCACAUACACGUACAUGUAGGUGCAGCAUUGAUGUUUUGGGCAUUAAUGCCACUUUAGUCCAGAUCCCUGGGCAAUUGGGCAUUCUGGCCUGUUGUUUUCUGGUACCUGAAUAGUUUGGUGUGCAUGAACAAUGUACAGCUUUUAGACGAUGUGAUGCAAGAAACUUUUUUAUUCUCUUUACAAGUUUUUUCUUAUAAACACAAAUCACAAGGUUAUGUGAUAGACCUAUGAAAAUCAUACUUUGUAAAGGAGAAGAGAUUUGUGUCUUCAACAAGAAUAAUCAAACAUCUUAUAAACGUCCAAGUACAUUUGUAACAAAAGAGUACUGUUCCAGUUCAACUAAAAGUACGGCAGGCAAUUCUGCACCAGUGGGGCAAUGUCAUCUCAACCCAGCAUUAAAACUUUGAGUAUUGAUGCAGCACUGAGCACCACUUUCACAAGGGUUAACAAUUAUCCAAGAUGCAGGACUGGUGGAUUAUUAUUACUGUCUCCAAGGAAAUAAAUGUUUUCACUCAUGUGUGAACAGCA